CUGAGUCACUGCUGCUAAUUUAAUUCCUCUGCUUCAUUCCAAGGAUUCCAGAGGAAAACUGUCACCUUUCCAAAAUACCACGAAGGCCUGUUGCUUCUUUGCGUACACUACCGCAUCUUAGAUCUUUUUUUCCAAUCCUAAUGAGUGGGCAGGAACUUCUUGGAGGAGCCAAAAUUAACCCUGUUAGUGGAACGCUUCAUAUUCUCUCUCACUCUUUUUUUUCUCCCUUGCCCUCCACAACCUUUUUUUAAAAUAAAGCAAAGUUCAGAGAAAGUUUUUCCUUUCCUUUCCCCCUUUUCUCCUCCAGUAGCACACACAAAACCAAGCUCUUGAGUGUCUUCUGAAAGUAUCUCUCCUGGCAUUAUAGAGCCUGGCAGCUGGGCAAAGGAAGCCAGCCCCUCCAGAGAGAUGGGGGAUGCUGGGGAAAAGGUUCUGGAUAAUGAUGCCGAAGGGGUGUGGAGCCCAGACAUCGAACAGAGUUUCCAGGAGGCCCUGGCAAUCUACCCACCCUGUGGGAGGCGCAAAAUUAUUCUUUCAGACGAGGGAAAGAUGUAUGGUCGUAAUGAGCUCAUUGCUCGUUACAUCAAGUUGAGGACUGGGAAAACACGGACAAGGAAACAGGUCUCCAGUCAUAUCCAGGUGUUGGCCCGGCGAAAAACGCGAGAGAUUCAAGCCAAGCUCAAAGAUCAAGUAGCAAAGGACAAAGCACUUCAGAGUAUGGCAGCCAUGUCUUCUGCUCAGCUUGUUUCAGCCGCUAUCCUCCAGGAGAAACUAGGCCUGUCGGAAGCUCACUAUCCACCCAGCACCACCACCCAAUCCACAGACUUUUUCCAUUUCUGGGCAGGGGAUGUAAACCAAGGCCAAUCUACUCCAGAUAUCAAGCCCAUCCUCCAGCCACCAUAUCCCAUCACACCAAUUGCAGCAUCACCUGCUGCCCCAGGUUAUCCCACCACUCCAGGGAGGGGCUCUUGUCUCCCCACCACAACUACCUCUUGGCCAGGAAGCCAUAUUGGUACAGAAACACUGCGACUAGUGGAGUUUACUGCUUUUGUGGAGCGGCAGAGUGAACGAGAUACGCGUAAGCAGCAGCAUCGUUUUGUUCACAUUGACCCAACACCCACCUCUGAGUCAGCUCUGGAGAUGGUGGACGUACGCCAGAUCUAUGAUAAGUUUCCAGAGAAGGGAGGUGGACUGCGAGAUUUGUAUGAUCAAGGGCCUCCUCAUGCUUUCUUCUUGGUUAAAUUCUGGGCUGACCUAAGCUUUUCCCUCCUUGAAAAAGAACCUGGAGGCACAGGAGGGAUCUUCUAUGGGGUGAGCAGCCGAUACGAGGGCCCACGGGCUCUGACUCUCAGUUGCACCUCCAAAGUCUGCUCGUUUGGCAAACAGGUGGUGGAAAAACUGGAGACAGCCGAGCCCCCUCACUGGGAAGAUGGCCGCUUUGUUUUCCGUAUGCAACGUUCGCCACUCUGCGAGUACCUCAUUAAUUUUAUUCGCAAACUACAAACAUUGCCAGAAAAACCAAUGAUGGAUAGCGUGCUUGAAAAUUUCACUAUCCUGCAGGUUUUGCGAGAUCAAGAAACUCAGGAAUUGCUACUGUGUGUGGCCUUUGUGUUUGAAGUGUCUGCAAGCGAACGGGGAGCACAGCAUCACAUCUAUCAGCUAGGCCGGGACUGAGAAAUGGUUUUUCACCACGUUCAAUAAAUAAACCCCAACCAAACUGGCCAUCUUCCUCUUAUCCCAUCACAUCCUAGUGGCUGGCAGAACUGAUGGCUGAAUUGCCAGAAAAACUGCUGACCUCAUUCAUACUAACUUUUGAGUUUACCAAUGGAUAAUUUUCUCUGUUUGAUGAACACAAAAUCCGAGCAUUAGACCUAAACCCUUAAAAGGCAUGUGAACUCAUUGCUCAGUAGACCAUCUUUCAGCUGGCAUGGCGUGAUAGUAACCAUGGUCCUUUGAAUAGGUGUACUUCUGGAAGAAUACUCUUGGGUCUGGUGAUCUCCAGCCUGUUGAGGGCAAUAGUCAACCUCAACUCCAUUUGUAUCCUUCCAGUUCUUCUCUGACAACAUCUCAUGUGAUUGCUUCUCUGGGCUCUAACACUCCGCUGUAAGAAGAAAUGGUAUUUCUUAGCACUCCUGUUUUGAAAGACAAUCAGGCUUCGAUGUACAUUAUAACUUAAUUCUCACAAAUUGCUGAAGAGUGAACCCAUUGCUACAUUAUUAUGUCAGGCUCUAAGACAGUGGUUCUCAACCUGUGGGUCGGGACCCCAUUUGGGGUCGAACGACCAUUUCACGGGGGUCGCCAAACAAGGCUGUCCGCCAUUUUUCCCUUUUCUUUGGCCACGCCCCUGGCACCCGGUGAUGUAUAAGUGGUUGGGGGGUCACCACAACUUGGGGAACUGUAUUAUGGGGUCGCGGCAUUAGAAAGGUUGAGAACCACUGCUCUAAGAAAAAGGUUUAUACCAGGAGUGCAUAACCUGAUGCUCCCAAUUCACAUGUCAUUCCCCAGAUCCCUUUAAGAGUCCACCUAACUGAAGGGUUUAAUGUGAUCAAGUUGAAGACUGUAUUUACAUUGGCAGUAAUGAUAUUAAGGUUUAAUACAACUUUUAAGUCAAAUUUGAA